AUGAAUCCAUUAUCGACCUUCAGAUUCAGAAUCUUCCAAUCAACCACAACUUCAUUCUCACCCUUUUUCCUCUUCAACCAAAAACGAUGGAAAAAACCCGUUAUUUCAGCGCAAACCCGUUUGGAGGACCGAGUAAGAGACCCACACUUCGACAAAUUAACAACCCAUUUCAAAAAACUCAACCUUGUCCUCAAAAUCCACACUCUCAUGUCAAAUCGAAAACGCGGUUCUUUCGUUUCGCUUCAGCUCAUGUCCCGCUGGAGAAACACCCUCGGACUCAAUGUCACUGUCACUUCCUUUCUUCAAAAAUACCCUCAUGUUUUUGAUUUGUUUCUUCAUCCUUUUAGGAGGAACAUGUGUUGUAAGAUCACGAGGAAGAUGAAGGAGUUGAUAUUGUUGGAAGAGGUUGUUGCGAAAAGGUGCGAGCUUGAGAUUGUGAUGAGGGUGAAGAAGUUGCUUAUGAUGUCAUUGAAUGGGACUCUUCAUGUGCAUGCUUUGAGGUUGAUCAGAAGAGAAUUGGGUCUUCCUUGUGAUUUCAGAGACUCUAUUCUUGGGAAAUAUAGUGAUGAAUUUAGGUUGGUUGAUUUGGAGAUUGUAGCAUUGGUUGGUUGGGAUGAUGAAUUGGGCAUGGCUCAUGUUGAGGAAUGGAGGGAGAGAGAGUAUAGAGAGAAAUGGUUGAGUGAAUUUGAGACCAAGUUUGCUUUUCCUAUAAAUUUUCCAACUGGGUUUAAGAUUGAAAGAGGGUUUAGGGAAAAGUUGAAGACUUGGCAAAGGCUUUCUUAUACAAAGCCUUAUGAGAGAAAAGAUGUAAAAUGCGGUGGAGAUCAACGCUAUGAGAAGAGGGCCGUUGCUGUUCUUCAUGAGCUGUUGAGCUUGACUGUGGAGAAAAUGGUUGAAGUUGAUCUAUUGGCUCAUUUUCGAAAGGAUUUUGCUAUUGAAGUUAAUAUGCGUGAGGUACUGCUUAGGCAUCCGGGGAUAUUUUACAUAUCAACAAAGGGAAAUGCUCAAACUGUUUUUCUUAGGGAGGCUUAUGUGAAAGGAGGGUUGGUUGAGCCUAAUCCGGUGUACACAGUUCGAAGGAAUAUGUUGGAGCUUGUGUUAUUAGGGCGAAGGAAAACCAAACAGUUAUUAGCUUCUGAUGAAUUUAAAGAGAACAAUGCUGUCGUCUGUAAAGUAGAUGAAGGUAAAAGAGAAGGAGAUUGGGCGAUUCAAUUCUUGGAGGGUUAUGAGAAGAAUUGA